AAUGAUUUACGAGAGUGGAGUAGUCAACGCCGACCCGAAGUAGGAGACUCAAUAUAUAACAACAUAUCAUGCCCCCAAAGAAAAAAGCAACCGCAGCAGCAGCGGCUGCCGCAGACACCUCAACUUCCGGUGGACCGGCCUCUAAAAAGCAACGGCGAGGUGCCUCCUCUUCCGGUGCGAAUGCUUCCCAACCCAAGACCGAGGCAACCGCUUCCCUAGCGAGCCCUUCGGUAAAGACCAGCCAAAAAGAUUCAAAGGCUGUGAACUCUGCUACAAAGAAAAGCGGAAGCAACCGGGCGGACCCUGGAGCGAUGAGUCCUGCCUCCACACCGGCUCCCUCUUCGAGCACCAAGAGCCACAAACAGAUCAAGCUCACCCCCGGCUCGGGGUCCGGCUCAGCGAUGGACAACCAUCCCUAUGCCCGCGGAUCCGUGAUCGAGGUCUUGCACGGAGUCAAGGAUGGCAACCACGGCGGCGAUUCGUUCGAGGAAGAAAAGAAGGACUGCGACGACGACAAUUUCGACGAGUGGUGGGAUAGGGAUUCGGACGACGAGGAGCUCGAAAACGAGGGCGAUGAUUCCAUUAACGGCGAGGGUGAUGAGAAGAAGUCUACCGAGCACGACAAUGUCGUCGAUGAGAACACCAAGGAGAAAAAGAACAAAAGCGGGGAGGGGGUGAUCUCGGUCCGUCUCUGCGACAUUAUUGACCGAGUAGCGGUAGAUAGCACCGAUGGCGAGAGCAAGAAACCACCGGACGGCACCGCGAUCUGGCGCUAUUACGUCCACUAUCGCGAUUUCAAUCGACGAAUGGACGAAUGGAUCUCGAUGGACAGGAUCGUGUCGCCACCGAGCAUCGGAAACGCCAAGGCGAGGGCCAUCAAGCGUGAAGAAGAGAAAAAGAAGCGGAUGCUGCAGCGCGAGAAAGAAAAGGAGGAGAAGCGGAGGGCCGCGCUGGAAGCCCGAUCGGUCGAUGUCACGGCUCCCAGGGCCAGCCGUCGGCGAGCAACCGCACCGGGUGGUGCCGGGUCCGCGGCGUCUCAGAGCAAUAGCGGGAGCACCGGACACGCCGAUGCAAGCGCGGGUGGCAGUGGGGGAGCGGCAGGGGACUCGGGGGGAACCUCGGGAGCCGGGGAUGGUGCCAACCACGGUUCUUCGGAACAGGAGGGAACGAGACGGGGAACACGACUGCGGCGGAAAACCUCCGUGGUGGGAGGAGACGCCGACGACACGGCGGGGCGCAAUGACGGUGAUAAAUCCAAACCCAGCCUGGCGGCCGAAAAGGGGACCGUGGCGCUUUCGACAAUCGCGGCCACCGACAGCACGAAGGUUGGGGAACACGUGGUCCAAACAAUCGCAGCCCAGGAGCUUGACGAGCACGAAGGUCUCGACGAUGCGGCGCUCCGGGAGCACGAGGAAGUCACCAAGGUGAAAAACGUGGCCUUUCUCGAACUAGGACCCCACCAGAUGUCGACUUGGUACUUCUCGCCGUUGCCGAAAGAACUCUUGUCGGAGCGCGGGUUCAUCGAGGUUCUGUAUGUUUGUGAGUUCACACUUCGAAUGUUUUCGAGGAAGCAAGAGAUCCGGAGGUUCCAGGCGCGUUUGCCGGCACACCGGAGGCAUCCACCAGGAAACGAGAUAUAUCGCAAGGGUAACCUCAGCAUGUUCGAGGUCGACGGAUUCGAAGAACGCAUUUAUUGUCAGAACCUGUGCUACAUUGCAAAGCUAUUUCUGGACCACAAAACUCUAUACUUUGAUGUCGAUCCCUUUUUAUUUUACGUCCUCUGCGAGGUCGACGAACGGGGUUUCCACCCCGUCGGGUAUUACAGCAAGGAAAAAUAUAGCGAUGUGGGGUACAACCUAGCGUGCAUCCUAACGUUUCCUUCCCAUCAACGAAAGGGGUACGGACGGUUUCUGAUUGCCUUCUCGUACGAGCUAUCGAAAAAAGAGGAAAAGGUGGGUUCUCCCGAGAAACCCAUGUCGGAUCUAGGGCAGCAGGCCUACAAACCGUAUUGGGCGUCUACCAUCGUUGACUUUCUAUUGAACCAAUGCCCCAACGCCAACAGCAUGAGCAUCAUGGAUAUUUCGAAGAUGACGUCCAUCAUGGCCGAAGACAUUGUCUUCACACUAAAUCAACUAAGCAUUUUGAAAAUAAUCAACGGUGUGUAUUUCAUCGCCGCAGAAGAAGGCCUGCUGAGGACCCUUGCCAAGAAAUACCCAGUGAAAGAGCCAAGGGUUGAUCCGUCCAAGCUUCACUGGACUCCAUUCGUAAUGGAAGUGAAGCGCGACAAAUUUUCUAUCCAUAGCAAGAAACCAAGCGUGGAGGGUGAAGAAACAAGGGGAGCUGGUGGAUUUUAAACGUUUCAGACAAGUUCUGGAAUCGGAACGGAGGUAGGGACAGCUUUUUGAUAUCGGCUGAUCCUAUCGGCAGCAGUUCAUCGGCAGAAUAAUGGCGUUGUGGCUAG